AUGAACCCUGGACCUCUAAAGCCCUGGCUGGAGGAAGCAGUGAUGAGUGCAGAUCAGGGAGAAGCUUGCCUGGAGGAAGUGACUAAGGCUGCUUUGGCCAUGCACUAUGCCCCAUGGGGUGGGCACCCUCAGUGGGAGCCUGGAGACAGUGGAAGAGCUGUGGAGGAUGGCAGAUCGGCCUGCCCUGACCGAGAGGCCAACAGUUCUCUUCCUGAAGCCUGGGAACUUUCAGAUGAUGAUAAAGAAUAUGGUGGGGAAGAAGCAACCAGCAUCCCUAAAGAGCAAGGAAGUGACUAUAUAGGUGGCCAACCUGCUCCCAUGUCCCUCAGCCUUCUGAGAACCCUGCAAGACCCUCCUGGGGAAGAGGAAACUGAGGAAGGAGGAGUUGCUGAAGAUAAAGUGAUGACAUUCUUCUCUUUCCCUCCAUCACACUGGGAGCACUGUCCAGGGGUGGAGGGGGAGGAGGAUGGAGAAGCUGUAAAUAAAGUUCCAACAACAUCUACUUGCCCCUCAUCCCCAGGAUCCAAGCCCAGUGCUUGGGUGUGUGCUGCAGGGGAAGAAGAGGCUGGAGCUAAGGAGGAAGAAAGAACAGAGAGUGAAGAAACCAGGAAGACCUCCAUUACCUCUUCAUCUGCAGGCUCCUGCCCCAGCGCCUGUGAGUGUAAUUCAGGGGAGGAAUCUGAGGAAAAGGAUGGAAAGGCUGAGAAAGAAGCCGACUCAGAGCCACACUCCUCAGUUCUAAGCCACAGGCCCCUGCUCAGGACCUGGCAGCAUUAACCCAAUAAGAUCACAGAGGAAGAGGAGGAGGACAACGCUUCAGGGGCAGUUGAGGGUCUGUCAGCCAUCCCCACCACAAGUACCUUCUUGAGGGCCUGGGUGUGUUGGCCAGGAGAGGACACAGAGGAGGAAGAUGAAGACAGUGAUUCAGGAGCAUCUGAGGAGGAGGGAGAAGCUGAGGGUCCCUCUUCCAUUCCCCCCACAAGUACCUUCUUGAGGGCCUGGGCGUACCGGCCAGGAGAGGACACAGAGGAGGAAGAUGAAGACAGUGAUUCAGGAGCAUCUGAGGAGGAGGGAGAAGCUGAGGGUCCCUCUUCCAUUCCCCCCACAAGUACCUUCUUGAGGGCCUGGGUGUACCGGCCAGGAGAGGACACAGAGGAGGAGUAUGAGGAGAAUGAGGAUGAGAAAGAUGAUUCUGAGAUAGCUGGCUCGGACCCAAGUUCUUCCCUUCAGGCCCAGAGUGCCCUCCUCAGGAACUGGACAUACCCACCUGGAAAGGAGACAGAGGGAGUGGAAGCUACUGAGGAAUGGGGAGAAGCUGAGCCCUUCCGAGUGGCCAUCUAUCUACCAGGAGAGAAGCUUCUACCUCCCUGGCCUCUUCCUCGGCUGCCCCUCCGACUGCAAAGGCGGCUCAAGUCUGUAGGAACCCCCACCUAGCAUCUGGACCCCGAGACUCCCCAAAAGGCCAGAAAGGUGCACUUCUCUGAGAAGGUCUCCAUCCAUUUCCUGAUUGUCUGGGCUGGACCAGCCCAGGCUGCCCGAAGGAGCCCCUGGGAGCAGUUUGCCCGUGAUCGAAGCCGCUUUGCCCGCCGAAUUGCCCAGGCUGAGGAGAAACUGGGCCCCUGCCUCACCCCUGCAGCUCAGGCCAGGGCCUGGGCACGCCUCGGGAACCCUCCCUCUUCUCUGGCUGCCAUACCUGCCACGACCCAGACCUUGCCCACAUCCUGUGUCCAGGCCGCACUCUUGAGCCAUACUGUGGCCUCUCCCUCCCCUCUUUAGGUGUCCAUGUCUCCUGCCUUAGACCUCAGUGGGAGGUGUGGCUAGGAUCCUGUGGUUUUUGUGUUAUUCACUA